UCUUCUUCACCUCACCCUACAACACGCAGGGAAAUAUGCCAGCUUCGCCGCCCGACUUUGGUGCGUUCUUCGUGGACCGUAGCAUGGGGAUGAUGGCCAUGGGCCCCCUCAGCCCCGGCUAUCUGGGGGCACAGCAACAGCACCUCAGCGUCCCUGUCUCCUACUCGGGACUACACGGAUACAGCUUGAUCCCCUUGGCAGCCCACCACCACCACAGACAAAUCACGCACCUGGGCAAUACCUUUGACCUGAAGACCGCCGUCUCCCCUUACUACCAUGCGCUGCUGGCCCGCGGGGGCCCUUUCUUCCCGCCCUUCAGACCCAGCCCAGCAGAGGAGCCCGGGCGCGGGGUGGCCAAGGUGGCCACUCGUGAAAGCACGGGGGCGCUGAAGGCGUGGCUGGGCGAGCACUUGAAGAACCCGUACCCUACCAAGGGUGAAAAGGUCAUGCUGGCCAUCAUCACCAAGAUGAGCCUGACGCAGGUCUCCACCUGGUUCGCCAAUGCGCGCCGCCGCCUCAAGAAGGAGAACCGUGUCAGCUGGGCCUCCUCCAGGUCCAAGUCAGAUGAGGAAGAGAGUGAGGACGAAGAGGAAGAGGAGGAAGAGGCUCUGAGGAAGUGCGACACAAACGCUGUAGACGAGUCGGAGCGGCCGGGUGUCGAGAGUGUGCCGGAAACUGCGGCGGACGUGGGAGUGACAUCACAAGAUGGGGGCAAGGGCGCGCCUGUGGAGGCCCACCACACGCCCUCACCUGCGAAGAGCAAACAAGCAGACACUCCAAAGCCCAAAAUCUGGUCACUAGCUGAGACCGCCACAUCAGAGACGCUGAAGAAACCAGAGGAGCACGCAUACCAGUCCGCGGGGAAAAUGUGGGCCGAGUGGGCCUCCCGCAGCGCGUGCCUGUUGCCAGCCUGUUACACUGCCCACGAAAUCCACUAAUGACAUCCCCUACCCUUCACAACCCUUAGACAAUGUCCACUAUUGAUGCACUUUAACCUCUCAGACGAAAGGGAUCGGAGCUCAUCCCUGGAAAUCUGUUUCCAGACCAAAGAUGUUUUUAAUGUAAAUAAAUGUAGAUGUAUUUUUCCAACAGACCUGUAUAUCAUGUCUUUUUUGUCUGCUGAAA